AUGAUUCUCUUCCCUUUUAUCUUUUUAACUAUUCUAUUGCCCUCAGUUUUCGCUUUGAAACCCAAACCGUCACUUCUGAAGAAAAACGUCGAGAACAGUGUGACGUGCGAUUUUUCAAUUCAUAGGGCCGGGCCUCAUGGACCUGUUAUUUCUGGUGAGUUUUGAAACUAAUUUGCGAACGGGAUACUGUGUCGUUCUUGAAAUCUAGACGAAGCUUUUAUUAUGAAUUCUGACCUGCUUCUGAAUCAGAAAUUUCAAGUAUCAGAUUGUAAAGAGUUGAUCUAUCAGUCAAAAUUCGAUUUCCGUUCUAAAAACAACUAAAUACAUACAUUUAAUGUCUCAAUUAACAAGAAAAUGAAAAAAAAAUUCUUAUUUUUCCCUAAAUAAAUCAUUAAGGUUAUUUCAACAAAGUUAUCUUUAUUGGGCUCAGAUUCAAAAUAAAAUUUGUUUCUGCAGGGACAUCGCUAGAUGACGAGCUUUACUAUAAAAUCUCUUGCAAGCCUCUGGCGGGCCAUUGUUUGCAAGUGAUCAACUGCACACUGAGCUCUGAUGAGCCUGGAUUCAGACCAUUUCCCAUUAUCGACGACAACGGAUGCAGUUUGGAUGAUUCGCUCUACAAAAAUGUUCAGGUUGGUAUUUUUGAAAAUAGGCCUUCUAGUUCAACAUGAUUGGAUAUCAAAUGUAAUUGUUUUAAAAAACUUGAUGCUUCCACUAAGAACUCUGGUUAUUUUUUGUAAACCUGAAUUUUCGAUUGAUUCCAGUACCGAACUGACUUCGAAGCUGGCAUCUACAACCCCUAUCCUAUCCGGUUCCGCACGACGUCUUCAAAAUCCGUCGUGCUCUUCUGUGUUACGAGCGUCGUCCCGCUAGAAGACAAUGUUUGCACACGACGUUCAUGCCAAUAA